UAUGAAAAAUGAAGCAGAAAAGAAACAAAACCUUGAAUUGCUGCAACGCAUACAUACUCAGCACCUGCACUCUGCUGCCGGUGAUGUAGAGAGGCUGCAGCGCUACGUGCAGGACUACAAGAGCCUUCUGUCUACACUCACCGUCCUGCCCACCAAACUCUCCCAUGAUGCGCUGGUGCCUCUAGGUGGUGCAGCGCUGGUGCCUGGUCAACUGGUGCACACCAACAGCGUGCUGGUGCUACUAGGUGAAAGUUACUUCGUCAACACUACCGCCUACAAAGCGCGGGAUAUCGCCACACGUCGCCUUAAAGACUGUGAGGACAAGCUGAGGCGGGCGCAGGAGGCGGAGGCGCUGCAGAGGCGCUGGGUGGAGGGCGCGUCGCUGGUGCAGCGCGAGCCUGGCUACGACAUCACCGAGCACGUGACUGAGCAGGAGUGUGAGCAGCAGGCGGCGCAGCACCGCGAGAUGGUGCGCAGGCACAGGCAGCAGCUGCGCGAGGGCCGCGGCGACGCGUCAGGCGAGCAGCAGGCGAGCGACGCGUGGCUCAGGCGACUCGAGGAGCUCGAGCUCGAGGAGCGCGCACAGGACGAAGAGGCAGGCGGGGACGAGAGCGAGACUGACGAGAGUGAUGGCAGUGACUCGGACUCAGACUCUGACGAUGACGGCGAGGCGCAGGCUGAUGCUGCUGCAGACUCAGAUGAAGACUCUGAAGAGGAUCUACCGGCGAACCUACAUACUUUCAAGCACGUCAAGAUAGAGUCUCCCAUGCCUUCAGCAGAACGCAAGUUCCAGUACGCUGCAGAUGACAAUCUACCGCCUCCUGCCGACGACACGGGUGCUGGUGCUGCUGCAGGUUCUACUUCUGCCUGUGCUUCUGCUGUAGCUGCUGCUGCUGUUGGUGCUUCUGCUGCUGCUGGUGGUACAGCUCUCCCUGUUGCUCAAGCAACCACCCCCACCGAGGAGGAAGAAAUUUCCGACAUCGAGUUGGUGAAUUCACAAAUCCGAGGUCGCACGCUGAGUUUCACACGCACGAUCCUUCGGGGGGGCCGUGACUCGAGUGAGGACUCCAGGGACGACGGCCAGGGGUCGGGCAAGCGGCCCCCCGUGGCACGAAGAGUGAGCUGGGCAGAUCAGCCAUCCAUGGUGAGUGAUGAUGGCGACGGUCACAUUAAGAUCAGGUACAUCGCAACUACGGUUACCACGGCAGACGGACAUAAGAAAACCAGCGACACUGCCACCACCACCACCACCACCGCUGCUGCUGCGACUGCGACAGCGUCUCACACCACCGCUAGUUCCUGUACCGCGCCAUCGCAAGCAAGUGAGAUGGAGAAACAAGAUAACGCCAAGUCUUGUGGAGCUGCAGUCGACAUCAGGUCUCCGGCUGAUCUUGUGAAGCUCACCACGCAACGCAUCGACUCGGUUACUAGCCCUGCCACCGUUACUAGUCCUGCCACCACCGCCGCUGGUGCUGCCACAGCUGCAAAUGCUGGCGUUUGCGAGGCACCAUCUCAACCUAAUCCUAGGAGUAUCUUGAAAAAAACUCCUUCACAAGACCUCAUCAACCUGCCCGGCAACAAAUCUGCGGUGUCGUGGCUGGAGUCUCCAGAGAGCGUCGCCAUCACGACCGUGUACGACCACGAGCCUGUCGCGCCCCCCUCCUCUGCCACCCCUCCCCACACGCCCCUCCCCACGGCUUUCAGCUACAAAGUCGUGGCCAGAGACCCCGACGCCGGCGUGAGCGACGUCCCCGGUGGGACGCCUGCCCAGGAGUCCUGUGGUGAGGACACGACCGCUGCCCCCAAGCGAGUCUCCAAGUUCAAGGCGGGGCGCCUGAAGCAAUAA